AUGGCGCCCAAAAAACUCGAAAAGCGCUCCCUAGACGCCCCCACUACCAAGCAAGCAGACGAGCUACCAGAAGACCAACUCAAAUCCCUCGUCGCCCGCGCAAAAGACUCCCCCGAAUCCGCCCUCCAAGCCGCAGCCUCCCAAGCCGAAGCAGCCCUCACCGCGCAGAAAACCGCCUCGUCGCUACGCUCCGCCGCAGACGCUAUCCGCGACCCGAAGAAGCGCGAUAAAUACCUGCGCGAUGCGUAUGACAAGGAGAUGCAGGCGCAUGGUAAUAGUAAGAAGGCGCGGUUGCUGCAGUCGGGGGCGUUUCAGGGGAGUGUCGGGGGGGGUGGGAUUGGGGCUGCGGUUGGGGCGGGGUUGGGGACUGUGGUGGGGACUGUGACGGGGACGGUGUUGGCGAUUCCUGCGACUGCUGUUGGGGGGUUGGUGGGGGCGGGGGUGGGAGGGGUGAGGGGGCCGUUUAUUAAACUUGGUGGGGGGGAGAAGGGGAAGGAUGGGAAGGGGAAGGAUGGAGAUGGGAAGAAAGACGGCAAAGAGAAAGAUGGAGAUGCAGAUGGGAAGGAGGACGAGGCGGGAGGAGAAGACGCACAACCAGACGAUGCAGCAGAAGAGGUCGAAGCAGAAGAAGUCGACGCAGAAGACGCGGUGCCUAAUCCCGAUCUGCUACGGCAAGCAGCCGACGACAUCGCGCGCGAGCGGGAACAACAGGAGAGGAACGGCGGGGACGGUGGUCAGGCGCAGGAUAACGGGGGUGAAAAGACAAAGCCCCAGGGCGAGGAGGGCAAGAAGGAUAAAAAAGACGAUCACGAUGGUAAGAAGGAGAAGAAGAAGCCUAGGAAAUUGGAGGUACGGAGUAAGUAG